AAGGGUUACAGGCGGCUCCUCCUCUGUCAGGCAGAGUAACUUGGUGACAGGGACAGCAGUGAGUGCCAGGAGUCACAAUGAGAGGAGCCAUCAUGUCAGUGCUGCACCUCGCAGCCCCCGCCUGCCCCCUGCAGCCUCACAAUGCACUGAGCCACUCUGUGCCUCAUGCCUCAUUCUCUAAUGCAAGCUCGGACUGUAGGAAGGUGACACGUCACUGUGAAGACUGAGAGACUCCAAUUCUGGUCAUCAAAGAAGACGGCGCGGUUCUUAUAAUUAGUAGGAAGGAACUUCUGCUCCAUGUGACGUUGAUGCUCAUAAAUGAGACGUCUUGCGCUCCUUUGUCUUCCUGUCAUUGUGUCCCUCUGCCGGGUCUCCACUACAACCUCUGGCCUCCACUGAGUCUUCUGGAGCCUUCACCAUGACAUAUCUUGCAUCUCUAAGGUCCUUGACCUGUGCUCCAUAAUCUUCUCACCAAUCACCAUCCUCUUCUUCAUCAUGGCUGCAAACCUGGAGGACAAUCCUUGAGAUUCUGCUCUUACUUUAGGAGUGUUCUUGGUUUCCUCAGUUUGUUCCUCUGCUGUAAUCAUGUCAUCCAUUGAUGAGUUGCCGCCACCAAGGGCUUCACCCAACCAAGGACAGAUCCAGAGUGAUGCCCUGGAGGAGCACACAGAACUGUGGUGGUUUAGAGAGCCGGUCAAGUCCAUAUUAUGCUACUGUUUCUCGGUGCUCCUGAUUUUAGCCUGUGGAAUCGGUGGGAUUGUGCUUCUCUCCACCACCACCAGUCGAUCAGGAGAGUGGAGACUUGCCGUCGGGGCCACCCUUUGUAUACUUGCUCUGUUGGUUUUACUGAAGCAACUUCUGAGCUCAGCUAUCCAGGACAUGCAAUGUCUGACCAGGAGGGAGCACAUCAACAUGCUGAAGAGUGGAGGGUUGUCAGACAUGCUGGUUUUCAUCAUAAGCUCCAUUAUUAUCCUUGUGUGUGGGGUUGCCCUACUUCUUCUUUCCGUUACUGGAGAGACUCCAGGCUUCCCGCCUUUCCUAGUCACCAUGCACAAUGUGGGGGUGGCGUUGGUCGUUGUGGGAUGCCUUAUCCUCCUUGGUGUCCUUGUAUUCACUAUACUGGUGUUUUGCAGAUCUUGUGUUCCUAGUCGCUUUCAUCCCCGUAAUAUCGGGGUGUUCUCCAUCUCUGGCCAGUUACAUCAACGGCAGAACACCACCUCAAGUUUGGCCAACCUCCUCUAAGCCUGUCCCAUGCCAAAGAGACAAAUGGAGUUGAGCUCUUCUGAAUUUUACCAAAUGGUGUGGAUCUGAGCUAAAAUUGUCAUGGUUAGAGUAUGAUGGUGUCAUGAGGAGGUUAUGAUAUGGUCAUGAUGAGGACAUGAUGAGAUCUUGACGUUAUGCUGGGGACAUGACAGGGUCAUAAUGAUGUCAAGUAGGGGUCAUGAUAGAUCCCUGAUGACAUCAUAAUGAGGACAUGUUAGGGUCAUGAUGAUUUCAUGCUGAGAACAGAUUAGGGAUGUUAAAACAGUUGGAUGGAGGACAGACUUCUAGUGGCCUCCAUUCAAUAAUCCAUCCUUGAUCCAAGCACGUUUACUUGAAGUGGGAACGCGGCCUUUGUACCCGACACAAAACCCAUUUGCUUUCUAUUGACAGGACGGAGAACACAGAUGUUCCCCGGACACAUCUAGAAAUCCUGUAGCUCCCUCUGAUGUUCCCCACCAGGAAUGUGCUCAUAAAAUAUUACCAGAAUUGCAAGUAACUGGAAAUACUGAUCACAAGUGAUAUCCUCCAGUUACUUCCAAAGUGAAAUCACACAUGCCGCUGGUCCCUAUCCGAAUCUGACAGUCAUGUGACCUAAUAGCUGCGUUAUAGCCUUGUAACUAUCACUUCAGCUCCCACCAUGCACUGCUCUCUGCUAGCAGGAAACCAGAAGAAUUCUUACUGCUGCUUCGGAUGGGACUGGAGUAGAACACAUGCCGUAACUCCAGACUAGUAAAGCAAAGUAUAUAAAGAGUACACUGGAAAAGGUAAAAUGACAGGUUUGGUUACAAGCGUCCUUGAUUGUCACUGCCGGGAUGUGUGGGGUCCUUGACCCUUCUUCUCCACUGCAUCAUUCACAUGAAGUCACAAUGGGGACACUGAGAGCAAAGAAAGCCGAUUGUCCUGUGCAGAGUGCAUGCUGGGAACUGCUGGAGAUACAAUGUAACAAAAACAGACAAAGGUUUUCCUUUGUUCAUUCUAUGAUUAGGAUUCGUGAGGUGAAACCUGAUCAACCCCCCAAAAUUCACAUGCCAUGUAUGGCUGGCCUCUUCUGUAGCAGAAGACCCUUUUGGGCUCCUCAGGUACUAGGGCCCAGAAAUGACUGCAGACUAUUGCACAGGACAGUACCUGAAGGUGCCACAUCUUGCAGAGAAAAAUGCAGAAAUAUGCAAUAUGUCUAUUUUCUAAUCCAGAUCUUUCGGGACGCGGCUCAAGGCCGUAUUAAGGUCUUAGGUGUCUCCCAAGCAUCAAAAAUGUUCUACUUUUUUCGCCUUUGAAUGGCGUGGGGCUUAUUGGGAGGGACGUGGCCUCCUACAGCCCAACAUGUUUGCUAUAAUGUAUGUCAGAAACUGGCAUAAAAUAUGGUAUAUGUCAAAUCUACACGGACGGCCAGAAGAUGCGCCAGUUUUUUUAAGAAACCCGUACCUUGAAAUAAAUGUGAUGCAUGGUACUCUAGCGCACUUAUGAUUAAGGCCGCUGUAUGAAAUGCAGUCUUUAUAAAUUCUCCCCCCCCCCCCCCCCCAAAAAAAAAACACUCAGCAAACUCCCCCCCAAUCAUUAAUCUGAGGGAUCCUGGCAGUAUGUAAUAUACUAUUCCCCUGCAGCUCCACCACAGGAGAAAUGAAGGAUUGCAUGGUGUCCACUAAAAUCAAUGGACGUGCUGGGUCCUCCAGAGGGAGAGGCACUCUGUUGCCCCUCUCUUCUCCAACUAACUGACAGAGAGCUAAAACUGUUACCCCAAAGGGGUAUUUAAAAAAAAAAGGUUUCUAAAACCAACCCCUAUAUAACAACAAGCAUGGUGAAGAACCCCAUUAAUGGAGGCCCUUGGCUAGGACCGAGCUGUGGCCCCUGUGCGGCAUAAGAGGACGGCAGGAAUAUGAAUGGUAAAUGAAAGGUAUAUGUUGUGGUUCAGUAACGUUCUGAUCACUGUAUAAUUCUGGUCUGCUUGGUGACCACACGGUAUCCUAGUCAGUGCCCCUCCACCGCCAGGGAUGACAUUGUCUGUCUCUUGGUGUCACACAUCAGCUGAUGACAUGUAUACACUACAGCCAGCCCCCCCCCCCCCCCUACACAAAGCUAGCGGAGUGCAGUUUGUCAUGAUAUUGGAGUGAUCUAAAGUUGCAUUGUGUCUUUUACUCCAGUCACAACCAGAGCUGCAUUCAGAAUUCUGCUGCCUUAGGCCUCUUGCACACGAACAUAUUUUCAUUCCGUGUCCGUUUCAGGUUUUUUUUUUGGAUCGUAUACGGAACCAUUA